GGUUUGUUGGGAGGGUCCGUGUUGUCAGGGCGGAGAGGGGGAGAUGAUGGCAGCGCUGGGCUUCGUCUGGCCGCGGGUGGUUGGCGGCAGACUUCUGCUGCAACAAGCUGCUGCCUGCCCUUUCCAGCUCCGGGCAGCCUCCGUCCUCUCAAGCUCCUCGGAGCUGCCCCUCCGAAGCCGUCUCACCCUCAGACCCGCGGGUGUCAGCCCCGGGCCGGCGUUUUGCUGGAAUCACCAGCAGAUCCGCACCAAAGCGCGUGGGAACGAGUAUCAGCCCAACAACCGCAAGCGCAAACGGACCCACGGCUGGAUCAAGCGCAUCAGCACGCCGGCCGGCAUCGAGGUCAUCCUUCGGCGGAUGCUGAAGGACAGGAAGUCUCUGAGCCACUGAAAGCUCUGCCCGUGGGGUUGGUUUUCUGUGGGGGCAGCCGGAAUCCGAGCCCUGGAGCUGCUGCAGCUUUGGAGUGACCCAGCCUGCAUGUCCGUGCAGGGGGGAGGCGCUGCCAAGCAGCAGCGACUGACCAGCCCUCUCAUGUGAGACACUCUGUGCCUUGAGGGUUGGCCUCCGAGAGCUUUGUUUAAUGUCUGCUUCUUAAAUUGUAAAAUUAUUGCCGCUUUAUACGCCUGAUUCAAAGAUAAACCUGGGAAAACACGAGCUGUGAUUAAAGCCCAGUGACUCGCCUUGAA